GCAUAUAUGGUUUGGAUGAGCGGAAGGCUGGAGCUGCAGUGCAGGGCGACGCGUUCGAUGAGAUUGCCAAAGCGAUUAAGUCCCAGACGGCAGAGAUUGCGUUGCUUGUCAAGACGGCCGUGGCCCCGGGCGCCGUGAAGGGUAUCAAUCGCCAAUCCGAGGAGUUGGUCUUCCUUCUGAGGGCAUGCAAUCAAUACCAGGUCGUCAUUGGCGCGGGCGAGCAAGGACAAGCGCUCGCCAACGCUUUGAUUGCAGCACAGGCCGGGGCCUCAACCAAGCUUCGGAAGGCGGGCUUCAAGCAGAAGGUCACCGCCAGGCUGGCUGUGGGGCUUGCUGGGCCGUACUGGGGCACGCAGGACAAGCAUGCGCUGACGGUCGCCGACUUCGUCCCGCACACAGAUGCUGAACUGGAUGCCUUUGUGCAGGAGGUCAGGGCCAACAAGAACGUCGCGGAGCAGAAGACAGCGCCUCCGACAAAGUUUGAGGACUGGGAGGCAGGAGCGCGUCGGCAGAACGAAGUGUGGGCGUUGGCGGAGCCACAUAAAUGGCCGAUGACCGUGGUGGCGGAGAUUUGGGAGGAGCUGCGCUGGAGGUUCUUCGAAGAGUUGAAGGAAAUACUUCGGCUUCUGAAGACGGCGGCCGGCAGAGAAACUAUGUCGCUUCCCGACCUCAAGUUCCACGCUUUACCCAACGAGAGUGGCACGGCUUGGCUCGAACUUCCUCGCACCUUCGACAUCCUCAACCCGGGCGGCUGGUUCUCGACCGAAGUACUUCCCCGAAUCGAGAGGAGGCAGGAGCGGAUGCUGUGGCGCCUUACACGGGAAGGUGGACGUGGCGGAAAGCCGAGCGGACCAGUCCAUGCUGGCGGUGCGCACGGAGAACCUCAGACCGACCCCUCGAAGAAGCCGAGUCUCAAAAACUUGUGGGGGCCCAAGUUGUCAACCCAGGAGAUUGCCAAGGCCAAGGAGCGAGCCCCUACCGAUAGAGGUGGGACAUUGCUAGGGGGGCCCUCACGCACAUGGGAUGCUCCAAUGCCACCUGCCAACGUUCCCACGCAGGCCUUCAAGGACAGUUCGAAGCCCUGGACCCAUGCGUACAGAUGCAGCUACUCCGUCGAGGUGGUCUUCGCAGGCUCAAAGCAGAGCAAGAAGCUGAGGGCGGAGAUGUCUGCCGAUAAGGCAGCCAAAGUCGCGGACGGCAGAAAGUCUGGCGAGGGCACCGCGGAGAAGGAAGGAAAGAAGGCAGUGCGUCACCAAAGCAGUCGCCGCGGGGAUGUUGGGCCCUGGAAGCUCAGGCGGUCAUGGGUGAACCAGCACUACGUGUGGGGCCUCAUUGAGAGUGAGAUCAGGAUCUACACCCACGACAUCGUUAAAGCCAACCACGACAAGGACUUCCGCUCCCUGGCAGUCUUCCCUUUGUCGGAGCUCAAAGACUGCAAGCUUGUGGUGGUUCGGGCAGACUACAAGGGCGAUGUGGUGGUGGAGACGGUGACGGGGACCAUGUGGCAGCCGGGGGGGUGGAUUGUAUGGACUCUGAUCUGGCGAGGUCACAUGUUGCUCCUACAACCCCCGGAGAGCUUGGACGCCGAAGUCUUCUUGGACCGUUGGCAGCCGCGUGACACAGCGCUUGGUUUCCUCUUCUUUUGGCAUUCUCGUCAUGAUCAGGAACGCACCGCCCCAGGCCCAGUUGCAUGUCGUUUGUGUCGAGGGCAGAAAGCUGGCGAGGCCGAGUUCGCCCUGUGUCGAAGGAACAGCAACCUGGCCGCAGCAGCCAUAGUGGGAUGUAUCCGGGCGGGCGCGGAGCCAAGCGGCCCAUCCUUCAAAGUUCGCGGCCGCGUCUUGUGUUUCCAGGAGGUCUUUGCAGGAUCUGCGGUGCUGUCGAAAGCCUUCGAGGCGGCGGGUGUCAAGGUUAUAGAGCCCAUCGAGGUGUUCGAAGAUCCCCAUCGCCGGCAAGGCUAUCGAGAAGCUUUCGACUUGACCCUCCCCCAGGUGCAGAAGGACUUGAUCUAUGCCGCAGGGCGAGGCCCCGCAAACAUCUGGUGGAUUGCGAGUCCGUGUACAAGCUUCUGCGAUUGGGGCCUCCAGAACGGGGGGACGAGGACUUUCGAGUGCCCUGCCAGGGGCGCAGGUGGCGCGGAUCUCAAACCAACGGAGCUGGAGGGUAACCUGCUCAGCAAAGUCGGGGCGGAGGUCUUCCUCAAGGCGUUGGAGUCAGGUGCCUUCCCCAUCGCUGAGUCCACGGCAAGCUCAGGGUGGUGGAAGGAGAUUCUGGCCAGGCCGGAUGUCGCCUUUGUGGAGUUCCCUAUGUGCGCCUUUGGUCUGGGCCCGAUGGAUGAGGACGGCUUCUAUCAUCACCGCACCAGACUGGUCUUCCCGAGGAAUGAGGCUGUGGUGGCUGCAUUCUCCAGCGCGGCUCACCGGCAUGUUGUCUUGAAAGGAGCACGACCCGGCCAGAAGGUCACUCGUUGUACUGAGGCCGGGGUCUAUGCCAAGGACUUCGUGCGCACCGUGGUGGAGGUUCUGACGCCCGGGCAGGUGGAGUGGACCUUCGGCGAGGCCAGUCAGUUGAGUCGGAUGGGGGAGAUCGUGACGCCCAGGCAGGCGAUCAACGUGGCGGACUUGUCGACGAAGUGGACUUCACUCCAUGAGUUGGACGAGGGCGACGGUGACACUCAUGCAGGAGGUCGACGAGGUGGACUUCGCGCAAAGCAGGCUGGGUGGCUUGAUGGACUCGACGAUGAGGAGGGCGAUUUUCUUGCCAACACACCGGUGCAGGGCGUGGUGUAUGGCCAUUUCGAAGACACGAGGGCGGGCAGCGUGAUCGACAUAGCACACAGGGCGCCAUCUGAAGAGGCCAAAGGCGCAGCGCAGGACUACAUUCGGGAGGUUGCGGGUUCGGUCACAAAGGCAGCGGAGAGCUUGUGGCAGGUUAGAGAGGAAGAGGGGCUGAACAAUUUGAAGAAGGUUGACGACGAGUCCCUCGACACGGUCCUGCGCCCAGACUUGCUUGCGUACCUUCGCGAUGUGAGACGCCAUGGCCUGGCAGCAAGAAGCGCUGGUGAGCGCAAACGUUGCCGUGCAAAGGUCCACCCGAAUGGCAGACGCAACCUGAACCAGGUCUACAAGCAGAUUUGGAAGGACGUCAGCAAGCUUCGUGUGCUUGUGGUCCCGGCCAACCUGGGAAAUCUGGGUGAUGUUGUCUCCAGCCCCUUCGACGCCGUGGAUAAGAUGCUUCCCGACAGGUCCGUGGCGCCAGACAAACGGAUUGUGCACGACCAGAGGGCCAUCAACAGCGGCGCUGACAAGGAGUGGCACCCGCCAGCGGUCCAGCCCAAGCACGAGCAGAUCGCACGUCUGGUCCUCAGGGCCAAGAGCCAGCUUCCUGGUGUGGAGGUGCUCCUCAGCAAAAAGGACAUUGCAGGUGCCUUUCGUCUACUUUGGUUGGAUCCGAGGGAUGCUGAGUUGUUUGCCGGGGACCUGCCAUGGACGCCGGAGGAGAUGGAGGAGGGCGAUGCCGUCGACGGGACCGAGAUGACGGUGAUCUACUUGGUCAGCUCCUUUAAUUUCUCCCUGCGCGCCCAUCGCCCUGAAUGCCCUAGGAGGGACCUCACCUGGAACUUCGACAGCCGCAUCCUCGUGGACGACAAUGUCUUG